AUGGACAUCUUACAAGUGUUAGAAAACGCUAUUUUAAGCCAAGAUCCGGCCCUCAGAACUAAUGCGGAGGCCCAGUUACGUGAUGCUGCCACCAACCAUUUUGUGGACUACGUUAGCUUGUUGGUUAAUGCUUUAGCAAACGAGGAAGCUCAAACCCAGGUCAGAAUGUUGGCGGGUCUUGCUUUAAAAAACGAGUUUACCGCCAAGGACUUAGUCACAAAGAAAAGCAUGCAAGAGCGUUGGCGUGCUUUGGAUGAUGCUGCCAAAUUCAAUAUUAAAGAAGCGUCUUUAAAGGCCUUGAUGUCCAAGGAUGAAAGUGCUGGAAGAAGUGCUGCUCAAUUGGUGGCAGCUAUAGCAGACAUCGAGUUGCCUCUCAAUCAGUGGCCAGAUUUGAUUCCCUUUAUCAUUGAAAACACCAAGAUCGAACAGGAAACCCAUGUUAAGAAAGUUGCCUUGUUAACCAUUGGGUAUAUUUGUGAAACCUUGAAUCCAAAUGAUGCCAACGUGUUGGCCCAAGCCAAUGGGAUCUUGAUCGCCAUUGUGCAGGGAGCCCAGGCUGAAGAGAAGAAUCUUGAUGUCAGAUUGACUGCUUUGAACGCUUUGGUUAACUCGUUGGAAUUCAUCAAAUAUAACUUUGAUAAGGAAGGAGAAAGAAACUAUAUCAUGCAAGUGGUGUGUGAAGCCACCCAAGCUGAUAGCAGUGACUUACAAGAAGCGGCUUUUGGAUGUUUGGCCAAAAUCAUGUCGUUAUACUACAGAUACAUGCAAGUGUACAUGGAAAAGGCUCUCUAUGGGUUGACGGUAUCAGGAAUGAGAAGUCCAAAUGAAAGAGUGGCGUGUAUGGCUAUUGAAUUCUGGUCUUCUGUUUGUGAAGAGGAGUUGGACUACUCGAUGCAAAAGAGUGAGUUUGGCGAGGAUGGACUUAACUUGGUCAGUUAUAACUUUGCCCUAAUUGCCUUGAACGAGGUGUAUCCAACCUUAUUGACUUUACUUACCAGACAAAACGAAGAUCCUGAAGACGACGAUUGGUCGGUUGCCAUGGCUGCUGGUGCCUGUGUGCAAUUAUUUGCUCAAAACACCGGUAACUAUAUCAUUGAAAGUACCUUGAACUUUGUUGACUCGAAUAUCGGAUCGGAAAACUGGAGAGAGAGAGAAGCUGCUAUGAUGGCUUUUGGUUCAGUUUUGGAUGGUCCAGAUGUAGAGCAAUUACAAGUUCCUAUAAUGAAUGCUUUACCAUCUAUAUUGGCGUUGACUAAGGAUGAAAACUUACAGGUGAGAGAAACUACUGCCUGGAGUUUGGGAAGACUAGCUGAAAUAGCAAUUGCUGCUAUUGAGGCGGACCAGGGAUUACCAAGUAUUUUGGAAGCCUUACUCAAUGGUUUGAAAGAUCAUCCUCGAGUUGCUACCAACUGCUGCUGGGCAUUCAUGAACUUGGUGGAGCAAUUGUGCACUGACGGACCAGAUGCCACCUCCACUCCUCUUUCUCCUUAUGUGACUCACUUUAUACCGAUGCUCAUUCAAUUGACCAAUAAGACUGAUAACGAAUCCAGUUCAAGAGAUGCUGCUUUUGAAGCAUUAUCUGUAUUUGUUCAAAAUAGUGGUCAAGACACAAUCCCAAUAGUUCAAAAUAUUGCACAAGAAAUCUUGGGCAGGCUAGAACAGACAAUCGGUCAACAACAACAACCAUUGUCGACCGAAUCCCGAGUCGAAUUGGAAGAAUUGCAAAUCAGCACCUUGUCUUUAUUGACCACCAUCAUCAGAAGACUCAAUAAUGAUGUUUUGCAAGCGUCUGACAAUUUGAUGGAGAUGUUUUUAAAAUUAUUGGGUACCUUGGAACCAAACGCCUUAAUUGAAGAAGAUAUACUCAUUGCCAUAUCUGCUGUUGCUUCUGCCGUGGGGCCAAACUUCUCCAAGUAUAUGGAAAGCUUCCUACCAUUUUUGACUAAAGCUUUACAAAAUACUGAGUCUCCAACUGCUGCUACAGCUGUUGGAAUUGUUGCUGAUUUGUGCCAUUCCUUAGGUCCUGCCGUGUUACCGUACUUGGAGGUAUUAAUGAAUAUCUUGGGUACCAAUCUAGGCAAUAACCAAGUCAGAAGAAACUUGAAGCCGGCUAUCUUGUCUUGUUUUGGACACAUAGCUACUGCCAUCGGUAGUAACUUCCAACCGUAUGUGGAAUUUGUAUUCCAAAUCUGCAGAAUAGCAACUUUGGUGGAUGCAGAUGACAAUAGCGAAGAAACCUUGGAAUACCUCUUCAACGUCAGGGAAGCCGUGUUGGAAUGCUAUGCUGGUAUUGUUGGGGGAAGUCUGGAAUACCCUCAAAUUUUGUAUCCAUUUAUUGGCGAAAUCUUCACUUUAUUACAUGACAUUACCUUUGAUGUUGAUAUGAUAAGCAUCGAGUCGGUGGCCGCAUCCUUUGUUGGUUUACUCGGUGACAUUGCUUCCAUGUAUCCAGGAGAAGAUUUCAAACAGGUGUACCAACAACACUGGGUCACCGAAAUGAUUAAACGGACCAGGGCCAACUCUGCCUUCAGUGAAACUACCAGAAGCACUGCUAGGUGGGCUAGAGACCAACAAAAAAGAAAGCUUCAAUAACCUCCUCCCAAUAUCACCUCUAAUCUCACCUCUCAUCUCACCUCUCACGCCUCUCAUGAACCUCUUACGAAAUCCAGUUAUUUCUUUCCCUUAUACAGCUUUUUAUAUCUCCUACUUAUUUUUAGCAUCUUCUAAUAUACAAUAAUUUAAACCUUGCUGAAUUUGAUGUCUAAUUGAAGCCUCUUGGAGGUAUUUUUAUAGUUUGAAAUCUGCCAGAUCGAGAAUGAGAUUGCAAGUUGCAACAUCCCCACACCAAAGGUGCGCUAUUAAUUCUGAAAACACUGAAUAACAUCACAAUAUAGGUGAUGAUCUUCGUAAUAUCUGCAAGUGAGCCUACGUCUUGCAAGCCAGACUUGAAAUUCCCAUAUCGUUUUUGUAUUUACCCUAACGGGAUAAAUCUUGACAAUGGCAGUUAUAAACGCGU